GGGAUGACAGCUGAACGUUUCCUAAAGGUGCAGAAGCUCCGUCCGUAGCACCAACAACAAGCACACACGUUUCUACGGAGAGCAGCGACGCAUUUCUCCGUAUUUUCUUUCGCCACCGACCGGUGUUUGAGCUCACCGGAAGACGGUAAAAAAAAAAAAAAAAAAUUAAAACCUUCGCGGAUAAAUUUCUGUCCUUUCACAGCAAAGAGAGAGAAAAGAUCCGGAUGUGCCAGCAGUGUUUUUUUUCGCAUGGCGUAGGCACCUUUUCUAAAGCAGGAUAUUGUUGAUGUUCGGAGGGUCGAAGGAGGCCCUCGGGUCGACAUUUAACUUGUAAAAUUAGCGACUUGUGAGGGGACUAAUCAGCGAGAUGGUUGUGCAAUAAGAGAGGAGAGGUUCCGUCCUGGCUGAGGAGAGUCACCGGGAAUAAAUUGUUUCUGCUCCAAAAGAGGACAAGGACGCGUUUUUUUUUCACGGCUCCAGGGAGCUUCUUCUUUUUUAUUAUUAUUUUAUUAUUUUUUUAUUACAAGGACGAGGAAAAACGGGGAUAUCUGAGAGCGAGUGUGUGUGAAAAGGCUUCACCAUGACGAGCAGCACCCCAGCGGACAUGAUAAACCUGCGGCUUAUUUUAGUCAGCGGGAAGACGAAAGAAUUCCUCUUCUCUCCCAACGACUCUGCAGCAGACAUCGCAAAACAUGUUUAUGACAACUGGCCGAUGGACUGGGAGGAAGAGCAGGUCAGCAGUCCUAACAUCCUGAGGCUGAUCUACCAGGGACGUUUUCUACACGGCAACGUAACACUAGGAGCUCUCAAACUGCCCUUGGGGAAGACCACAGUGAUGCAUUUAGUUGCCAGAGAGACUUUGCCUGAGCCAAAUUCCCAAGGUCAGAGGAACAGAGAGAAGACCGGGGAGAGUAACUGCUGUGUCAUUCUGUAAAUACACACCUCCGCCACCAGCCCUCCAUCCUCAUCUGUUCUCACCCUCAAUGUCCUGGACCUAAUGAGCUUGUCCCCUGUCCCGGAGCCUGUCCACAAUGCAGACAUGCAUACAAACACACACACACUUUUGCUUUUCUUCCCUCCACCCCCCUCUCCUGUCACACACAAUCACACAGACAUAGAAAGACAGCAGGCUCAAGCUGAUCCAGGACACAGAGUUGGGGAGCAGUAAAAUUGAUUAACGAUAGAGUUGAUUCCUUUGUUGUACUUGAUUUGUUGUCAUAACUGUAAAUUAGAGCAAGGAACUGGAUUUGCAUGUGCGUUUUUUUUUCUUUCUGUCUUUCUUAAUGCACACCUUUUUAAGCCUUCUGCAAUACACAUGCACGCACACACACACACACACACACACAGUAAACAUCCUCACGUCAUCUAGCCAUCCUCAGCUGGCCUGUUAAAAGUCAGUCUCGAACUGGCUCCUCGUUCUUGCUGGUCGUCAUUGUAAUGCAGUGCCCAAGCUUGUGUGUGUUGCCUUGUUUUCUCAUACAGACCGCUGAGAAUUUUAACCACUAACAACUCACCAACACACCGACACACACGCAUCCUAUGACACCCCGUCUACACAUCCGACCGUGUGCGUUGUGUUGAUAUCCCUCAGUGCAGCAGAUGAAGCGCAGACGUGCCUGAUCAGACAGCUCAAACCGGGACACACUCACACACACACACACACACACACACACACACACACACACACACACACACACCUGUGUGUCCUUUUUACUGCCCAACUCUGCAUGUGGCCUUAAAGGUCGCAGGAGAGAAAUUGUUCCUUUUUUGUCUGCGGAGCUCUGUAGAGACCAAACACAUCCCUCUCUCUCAGUCCAUCAUAUUUUAGCCAAACAAAGCCUAACAAGCAAACAAAUAGACAAACAACCAGUGUUGGUGGUCUUGUUCUGGAUAUUUGUUUGUCCAUGACUUUUGUGACUGUGUUUUGACAGUCCAUGCAUAUUACAGACCGACUAGUGUUGUGAUUAAUAAACCAUCAUGCCACUUUUCCUCCCUUGAUGCACCAUCCCUGUCUCAUCGUGCCCCUUUUCUAACAGUGUUGUAAAGGAUCUCUGUGGCAGUUGCUGUGUAAGCAGGGAUAUUAACUCAGAAUGAAAUGUUCCUUUUCUGUCUUAAUUUGCUUCUUACGCGCUCCUUAAUUCUCAUUCUGCAUUAAUAAGUCCAUUUUGCACAACUGAAGCAUGUGCUCCUUCAUCAGAUUAAUAAAAAAAUGUAUAAAAAGUUUUAUUGUUUUAUUUUAUAUUUUUCCAAUGGAAGUAAUGUUCCAAACUAAGGUAACAUGUGUAGAAUAUAUUUAAUAUGAAUCGUAUAUAGAACAUGAUGACUUUAGAUCUUGGUGAUAUACAUUAUAUUGGUGUUUAGUCUAUGAUUGUGUAUACGGUUAGCUUCUAGCCAGUUCACAGUCACUCGCUGACAAUGUCUUGUGCUUAACAGCAGCAAAUCCUCCCUAAUCAUUGAUGGACUGAUGGAUUUUUAUUUUCUUUCUUCUGUGCUCUUUUAUUAUUAUUUUUUUUUCCAUUUGUUUAUAAUUUAAUGUAAUCCUUUUUCUUUGUGGUUUUUUGCUUUAAAGAAUCGCUUUGUAACAGCACUAGGUCUUAAAAGAUAUUGUUUAUAUUGAUCAGGGUUCAAAUCUGUACAGAGAUAAACGUUUUCAAACCAAUUGUAUAUAGCACUAAUGCUCCCUCUCCCCCCUCCAAACUUCAAAAUGGAAUACAUCUGUAAACUAAAUAAAGGUUAUUGAAGUGCGCUA